UAUAAAUGGCCGGAGAGCAGCAUCCAAUCGAAGACCGUCAAACCUUUUGACCCUUCUUUCAUCUCAUCCGCCCACCACCCACUUUCUCACUCUCAUCCCAUCAUCUGCCUGCCAAGAUGUCUAUUCUAUUAAUAUAACAAGGAGGACAUUAACCCACCUCAGUCAGUCAGCUAGAUUGAAUUCUCUUUAAUGCAACAGAAAAAAGAAAUAAAAGACGAAGAAGAAGAAGAAGAAGGAAGAAUGGAGGGUUCUACUGGUUGCCCCAUUGGAGCGAUUGAUUCGAUUUGAAAUUGCUGACUUUGAUCCAUCGAGAAGGAGAGGCAGAGGCUUUGAGGGUGGGAGGACUCGUUCUUCUCUGUGACUUUUUGAAGCUUUCUUUUCUUGCUUUCACACGUAUGAUGACCAACUAAACGCACGCAGGCAGGCCAAGAAACAGAGAGAGAGAGAGAGCAUACCCGGAGGAAAGAAGCAUCCCACCACCGAUUGACAAAGGCGAUGGGGAGCAAGGCGCUGGAUGGGGCUAGGGAGGCCGCACGCGCCGCCGUGGAGGCGAUGGGGCUGGGUUACGACUUGACUGUCGAUCUCAGGCUCAGGUACUGCAAGAAGUCCAGGCUGGUUAGCAUCACCGACGACCCCGUCCUCCACCACACCAUCUCCAUCCCCGGGGUCGGCAUCUCCAUCCCCAACGUCCCCACCUCCGUCCACUGCGACAAGGGCGAGCGCAUGCGCUUCAGCACCGACGUCCUCUCUUUCCAGCAGAUGUCGGAGCAGUUCAACCAAGCGCUGUCGCUGUCCGGGAAGAUACCGACCGGCCAUUUCAACGCAGCCUUCGACUUCAGGCAGGGAUGGCAGAUAGACGCGGCCAACACCAAGACGCUGGCCUUCGAUGGGGUGUUCAUCACCCUCUACAACAUCCAGUUGCGCAAGUCUCAGCUCCUCCUCUCUGAUUACGUCAAACAGGCCGUUCCCUCUACCUGGGAUCCUGCUGCUCUCGCCCGGUUUAUUCGAAAGUAUGGUACCCAUGUUAUUGUUGGUGUAAAAAUGGGUGGGAACGAUGUGAUUUAUGCCAAGCAGCAACAUGCAUCCCCUCUUCAACCUGCAGAUGUGCAGAAAAAAUUGAAGGAAAUGGCAGACAAACUUUUUAUUGAUGGGGCUGUGCAGAACAGGGAAAAGGAUCGCGGGCGAAACCUCAUGGACGCAUUUCCAUCCAGUUCUUACUCUAGAAUGGAGGUGCAGGACAUCGUAUUUGAUUGCAAGCGUAAAGGUGGAAACACCAGGAAAAAUCUAUCUCACAGUGAGUGGAGUCAAACUGUUAUAUACGAACCUGAUGUCGUCUCAAUGACAUUGAUACCAAUUGCAUCAAUGCUAAGUGGGAUUCAUGGAAGCGGAUUCUUGAGCCAUGCCAUUAACCUCUAUCUGCGUUAUAAACCACCCAUUGACGAGCUACAUCAGUUUUUAGAGUUUCAACUUCCAAAACAGUGGGCACCUGUAUUUGGGGAGCUUGCCCUUGGUCCUGAUAAGAAGCAACGUAGCAGUGCAUCUCUUCAGUUGAGCUUUAUGGGUCCAAAGCUCUAUGUUAACACAACUCCGGUUGAUGUGGGCAAGAAGCCAGUUACUGGCCUUCGGUUGUAUCUGGAGGGAAAAAGAGGCAACUGCUUGGCGAUCCACUUGCAGCACCUUUCAUCAGUGCCCCAGACCUUCCAACUAGUAGAUGAGUCAAAUGGUCACUUCUCCAAUCCUUCAUCAGACCAUAGGUACUAUGAGAAAGUUCAAUGGAAGAGCUUCUCACAUGUUUGCACAGCUCCCGUUCAGUCCGAGGAAGAUCUCUCCAUUGUCACAGGGGCCCAUUUUGAAGUGAGGGACUCUGGCUUGAAGAAAGUUCUGUUCCUGAGGCUUUAUUUCUCAAAAGUUAUCGGUGCCGUAGUAGUGAGAAGACCUGAAUGGGCUGAUUCCCCUGCCUCACACCAAAAAUCCGGCAUUAUCUCGACCUUGAUUAGCACUCGUUUUUCAACUGGUCAGAAACAACCUCCCCCCAAACCAUCUGAAGUGAACAUUAACUCUGCGGUCUAUCCUGGAGGUCCUCCUGUGCCAUCCCAAACUCCUAAACUGUUGAGGUUCAUUGAUACUACGGAGAUGACCAGAGGGCCACAGGACUCUCCCGGGUACUGGGUUGUAUCAGGAGCAAGGCUUCAAGUGGAUAAAGGGAAGAUUUCACUUCGAGUCAAGUAUUCUCUUUUGACUGUGAUAUUACCUGAUGAAGAGGCGGAUAUGGAUUUGUAGGUUCCUGUAUGAUUUUUCCUGUUAUAUACAGAAUGUUUGACCAAGCCGUGAGGUUGUACUUUAGCUUAUGUGGUCGAUUAUGAAGAUGUGAGCAAUUCAUUUAGGAGAUU